CAGUUGGGCUCGUUUUCUUCUCCUCCUGCGCACCUCCACACCCCACCAGUACCCACCGCACCAAACACCGCCUCCUCCUCGCCGCUCCCUCCGCUCUCCCGCCAUGAAGCAGCUCCACCACAAGUCCCCCACCCACGCGCCGUCGCCGGCGCACGCGCCGGCGUCCAAGACCUCCAAGCCCGCGCGCCCCGGACCGCGCACGUGGGUCGGCUACCUUCUCCUCGAACAGCGCCUCCUCUUCGUCCUCCUCGGCGCGCUCAUAGCCACCUCCUUCUUCCUCCUCCGGCCCUACAUCUUCUCCCUAUCCCCCUCCAACGUCACCGACCGCAGCCCCAUAUUUUCCUUCGCGGCUCGCUCGUCCGCCUCCCGCGUCCCCGCGGGCUUCCGCCCGCCGCCUCGCCGCGUCGUCGUCACCGGCGGGGCGGGCUUCGUGGGCAGCCACCUCGUGGACAGGCUGCUGGAGCAAGGGGACAGCGUGAUCGUGGUGGACAACUUCUUCACCGGGAGGAAGGAGAACGUUGCGCACCACCUACGGAACCCCAGAUUCGAGCUGCUCCGCCACGACGUCGUCGAGCCCAUCCUUCUCGAGGUCGACCGGAUCUACCACCUCGCGUGCCCCGCAUCGCCCGUGCACUACAAGUACAACCCCAUCAAGACCAUCAAGACAAAUGUCAUGGGAACUUUGAAUAUGUUGGGUUUGGCAAAGCGAAUUGGUGCAAGGUUCUUGUUGACUAGCACAAGUGAAGUUUAUGGUGAUCCACUUGAGCAUCCACAAAAGGAAACUUAUUGGGGGCAUGUUAAUCCUAUAGGUGUUAGGAGUUGUUAUGAUGAGGGCAAAAGAACAGCAGAGACUUUGACCAUGGACUAUCAUCGUGGUGGUGGUGUUGCGGUACGCAUUGCCCGCAUCUUCAACACAUAUGGUCCUCGUAUGUGCCUAGAUGAUGGCCGUGUGGUUAGCAAUUUUGUUGCACAGGCACUGCGUAGACAACCAAUGACAGUUUAUGGUGACGGAAAACAAACUCGAAGUUUUCAAUAUGUUUCUGAUCUGGUUGCAGGAUUGAUGGCUCUCAUGGAGAGUGAUCACAUUGGUCCUUUCAAUCUGGGAAAUCCAGGAGAGUUCACCAUGUUGGAACUUGCGGAGGUUGUGAAGCAAACAAUUGAUCCAAUGUCGACAAUUGAAUUCAAACCCAAUACAGCUGAUGAUCCCCAUAUGAGAAAGCCAGAUAUUACCAAGGCCAAGCAACUGCUAGGUUGGGAGCCAAAGGUGUCGCUCAAGGAAGGCCUUCCCUUAAUGGUGACAGAUUUCCGUCAAAGGAUCUUGGAUGAGUAAACAAAGAAACAUAGUGACACAUCGGUUAUCCAUUUGAUUCUGAAUGCUGCUGCAAAUACAUGCCGAAGUUCUUCGCCAACUGGAUCCAUGCAGUAGAAUCGUUUAUUUACAUCUUGGUGAGCCUGAACAGAACCAGUCACAUAUUUUGUCCACGUGUGGAGCUUUAGAAGUGGACUGGAAGAUAGGGGAAGGAGUUGUAUUUCGGGAGACAUUGGGUUUCAGUCUUUCGGUUAACUCGUAACUGUAAAAUGAAAUACUUUUAAGUGAAAUGUAUAAUGUAAUGAAAUGAGCUUGUGUA